AUUUUUAGUAAGUUGGUUGAUUUUGGAAUCAAUAUCGGGAAGCAAAUUGCUGUGUGUUUCACAUCAGUAGGAGUGUAUUCUGUAGCAGUAUGUAUAGCAACAGCUUGCACUCAGAUCUUAUCAUUUUGUGUGCCAUUUAACUUCCUGCAGAGAUUAGAAUGAGGGGACUUCUGUGUUGGCAUUACACAGCAAGUGUGACAUGGUUAGGCGUGAAACUGUAUUUUAUUGUGAGCUGUCCUUGACUUAAACUAAACAUGCACAGGGACAUGUCAGCAUGCUGUCUGUAGGUUAUUUUUUUUCUGAUUUCGGAAAAUGAUCAGUAUCUUUUAAAGACAUUUCCUGCCUUAUUGUGUUUUCUUUACUUUCUUGCUGGUUUAAGUGAAAGUGUGUGUUGCAAUUGAAACCUCAGGUAAAUACUUGAAUAACCUUCUACAAUUACAAAAUGGGAUCUGUGAAAUACAGGCCCGCAACCUGCAAAUAAUACCUACAAACAAUCUACGUAGUUCUUGUGUUAAGUAUUUUUGUCUGCAAAUUCUACCUGAACCAGUCAAACAGGUCUGACCUAGGGGGGGGGGGGGGUGAGUGAUGAUUAGCACAGGUGACUAGGAAGAAAAGGAAUAACAUCAAGCCAGAAGGAGAAUAAUACAGAGAACGACUGCAGUCUUCAUGGAUGGUAAAGUGAGGUGAAGGAUAAGAGCAUGAACUAAGACUUGCAACUAGCCUGGAUUAUAUGUUUUAUUGGAGCCAAGCAAGCUUGGACUAUAUCUAAGAUCCAAGCCUCUGGGGGGUGGCUGCUUCCCUGAGUAUUUUACUCUUCCGUUCUAAACCUCUGACGUUCUGUGCCAUGACUGACAACCAAGCAAGUGAAGGAGGAGACCAGGAGAAGUGCAGACCAAACAUCAAACCUCAAUACGACCAGAAGGACAGUAACCAGCAAAAGACACCGGAGAAGCCCGAAAAAUGUGAAACACAACAUCGACGGAGUCGUAGCAGUGAUUCAGAACGACGCGGCAGACAGAGGGAGCGAGCGGGGGAACAUGGGGGACAGAGGGAGCGUGGUCGAAGUGAAGAGUCCAGACGGAGCUCAAAGAGAAGCAACAGUGGCAGAGGCAUUAAUCACUAUCCCCAGGACAACCUAGAUGAAACGGAGUGUCCCAUCUGCUUCUGCCACUAUGACAAUGUCUUUAAGACUCCUAAGCUGCUCUCCUGUGGCCACACAUUUUGCCUGGAGUGUCUAGCUCGCAUCAAUGUCUUGUCUGUGGAGAUCAAGAAACUGUCAUGCCCUGUGUGCCGGGAGCUGACCGAAAUCCGUCACGGCCGAGACUUGCCACAUCUCGGCAACAAUGAGCACGUUUUCCGCAAGCUGCCACCUCAGAUGCAGAAGGCUCAGUCUGUGCGCUUUAACCGCAGCAAAGGCAAACUGGUCCUCAAGAACACUACUCUAACAGGCUGCUUCAGUAAGAAGAACACGGUUCUGCCAGUUGGGGCCGUAGAGGAAGGUCUCUCAUCGGCUACGAUUAUAAAUGUGGGCAGACCUCCGAACAGAGUGAGCAGUCGCAUGGGAAGGAUGUUCCAGUCCAAUAAUUGCUACUACACUGUGGUGGUCUCCAUUAUUGUGGUCGCAGUGGCCCUCGUAAUAGUUGGCAUUUUGACCUUUGUGGUGAUUCCCAGCCUGAUGAAUGGAAGGAAAAACGGUGAGUCUGGGAACAUGGAUGGGUAGUGGGAGGCAAACCCUGUAUGAUGAGCUGAGGAAGGCAAGCUGAGACUAAAAGAUCAAACCAAACUCUGGGAGUUGGUAUUGUUAGGUGGAGACGACAUGGCUGAAACAUAUCUGCUGGCCUUGCCAUCAUCCUUUUGUGUCAGUGGCCCAAUACAAAAAGGCUUGACACACUGCAUAUUGUAGACUUUUUGUGAAGGCUGUAACUUUAACAGCGUGAAGGAUAGACUGAAGAUCUACAGAGGUACUAAAGAGCUAUAGAAAUGUUCACCAGAUUGAAAUACUAUAAACACGUACUGUGACUAUUAUAGAUAUUAAAAAAGGAAAUAGCUAUGAAACCCAAAUGUUAUCCUCCACCCUGUCUUACUUUUCACCGUGGUGUACAUGACUGAGAGCAUUCAGGGACAGAUCAACAUUACUGUAUCUUUUACUCUUCCUGUUCUCCUGAGUAUUUUUAACAUCGUUACAAGGAAGUUUUAGCACUGAUGGGGGGAAAAAAAGAAAAGAAAUGCAAAUGCUGCCGGGUAUAGAACAAUAAACAGGAAGAAAAAACCCCACAUCAUUGUGUACAUUAAGAACAGUUGCCCUUCGGUCCUUCAGUACCAUGCGUAAUCACAACUACCACUGAAUGAAUGUGCAACUGUGUCACCAAGACAUAAUGGCAGCCAGUGAUGAUACUGGCUAUUAGCAAGAAGAUGGUCACAAUGUCUCCUAAAGCAGUUAUUUAGGACAUCCCACAGAUCCUGAAGAUCAAGUAACAGCAAUCUGAUCCUAGCAGUAUAUUAAACCCUUCUCAGCUCAGGGUCUGGAUACACUGCUCCUGAUUUACCACUGUACAGCAUGUUUACCACACUGUCCUCACUUGACAUUUAUGUAUGGCCUCUAUGUUCUCGCACUAAGUAUGGAAUGAUGUUUAAGCAUUAGUUCACCUGGAAAUGCAACGCCACCUGGAAGCACCUCAUCUCACAUGUCUCAUGAACUUCUCUCAUGUGGAAAGGGGGUGGGGGUGUUGCACAUUGUGUAAUAGUACACAACCUGUAAAUAGCAUUCAUAUGUAAAAUCAACAAUAAACGAUGUCCACACUGAUGUACAAAUGUUUUUAAUAACUGAGUUUAGGCAUAUAUAGGUUGAUUUAUGGUAAUUGCAAGUGGCCCAAAUAUAAUUAACCAUAUUUUAGGUGUCAACAGUGGGAUUGGGUAAAAAUUCACUUUUUAUUAUGAUAAAAAACAAAACCCGACUUAUAUACACGACAUAUACUGUAGUUCAGUCAGGGCGUUUCAAAACAAGUUAACAAAAAAGAUUUCUAAGUUUUGCUAACAUUCCCAUUAAGUUAUGAAAACCUUAUUCUGUAUAAAGAUUUAUAUCUUUAUUUUA